AAAGUAGUUGAUCACCAUCUUGUCUGAAGCCCCAGUGUUUAGAACACGACAGGUGUUGAAAACCCACUGGGCCCAAAUUUAGUUCAAAAUGGGAAAAGGGCAAAGUAAAGAAAAACAGAAGUUAUUAGAGAAACUCCAGUGCAAAGAUUGGAAAGCAGUCGAAAAUGAUGACCCAUUGGCAGUAGAGCCAUUGUGUCACUGGAUAAAAAACUACGGUUUUAAUAGGCAAAUUGAGCACCGCAAACAUUAAAGAAUUGCAACAAAAAAUAAAAACAAAGAGCAAAAAUAAAGACACUUUGAUGGCAAAAGAAGGUUACAUGCAAACCAUGGUCUGGAUGAAAUUGGCAGGACAGAGAGAAGAGGGAGAGCGCAGAGCUAAGAGAGAGAGGGGGGAGAGACAAGGAAAAGAGAAAGAAGAGGAAGAAAGGGAAAGUGAAGAAAGAAAAAAGGAAAAGGAAAGAUCAGUUAUGUUUCAUAGAAAGGAGGAUGAUGAGUACGCAGGGCCCUAUUCUAACCUGAUACAUCAAAUACAUAAUCUCCCACCAAUGGGAGGUGCUGCCGCUGCAGCCGAUCCCUCAGCUCUCUCACCCACGGGGGAUCCUCCACGAUAUACUCCCCCACAACAUGUAGAAGCACCAUUGAAAAUAGCCCCUCCACAAGCUGAUACCUCCCAGGGAUAUAUUACUAGGUCCAAAGGUUCUGUAGGGGAUUGGUCAAAAACUUUAGCGACAACAUUUAAUGACAUUCUGUCUCCACGGACACCCCGAGUGAUGCCUGUGAACCUGGAAGGUGAAGGAGCAGUCCUCACGCUUCCUUUAAUAGAAUUACCAAACCCCUUAGCAGGCCAGGUUGAGGGGAAUGCCCAACAACCAGCCACAGUAAUGGUAUACAGAACCUGGACACAGGAAGAUGUUAGAAAAGCAGUAGAAGGAAUUCCCUCUCCAAAGAAGGAUGUGGAAGAAUGUAUAAUUCAAGAAUGGGUAAAUCGUCACCACAUAGAGAUGAGUGGUGCAACACUCCAAAAGUAUAUAAAUCACGCCCUGCAUGCAGAGAAAGUCAUAAAAAGUAAAAAGAAUCACAAUAAAGAAUCCACUGUGUUUUAUCAGGAGGAAGAGGACACUGUGUUUUAUCAGCAGUCCAGAGGUAGGGGCCGAGGCCGUGUAAGGGGAAGAGGUUUUGGAUCACGCUCAACUGAUAAUUCCAGAGCGUGUUGGUCAUGUGGAAAAAAAGGCCACAUAGCUAGACACUGUCAAAGUAAACCACAAAAGCAGGAAGCUCAGCAUGACUAGAUGAGCAACCAUUUUCUAUUAGAGAGAUAGAGGGUGAAAAUAUGGAUGUCUUAAACCUAGAAGAUUUUUUUUAAAGAAAUGUUACCCUUGCACAUACCCAUCGUAAAGAUGAUUUACCUGUAGGUCCAUAUUCAGCAUUAUUACAGCAAGCACAAGCAGCUUUACAGCAAGACCCAAAUGAACUUGGUGCUGCUGCUGCUUCUGCUUCAGCCCCAGUCUUGCCAGCUCCUAAAGUUGAGAAUCUACCGGCUUAUUCUCCUAUGCCCAGCACCUCCACAAGGGUUACCCGUUCUGGGGGACCUGUGGGGGCUUGAUCAAAAGAUAUGGGGGGAGGCUUAAUCUCCCCACAGCCAGCCCCUGAACCCAAACCUGAAAUUGAGUGCUUCCUUUAAUUGAGCUGCCAAAUCCUUUGGCGGGUCAGGGGCCAGCUGAAAAUCCAUUUUUUCCUGUCAUGAUGGUCUAUAGGCAGGGGCGGAUUUAGGAAAUUUGGGGCCCUGGGCAUGGAUGGGCAGGGGGCCCCCCCCUGAC